GCUGUCCAGCUCAUCAGAUUUUCCAAGAAAUCUUUGCCCUUUAGGUUCGGGCCAUAUUUUAUUCGAUUAUUAGCUCGUCACUCGCCUUUUCUUCUCCCUCCAGUUUCGAGUGAUAGGAUCCGAACUCUUUUGCUCCGGGCGGCGAUCUCUGAAUGGAGUCCUGCCCAACAGUUAAAAGUAUUCUUCUCCUUGACUCUGAAGGGAAACGUGUAGCUGUCAAGUACUAUACAGAUGACUGGUCAACACACUCUGCGAAAUUGGCAUUUGAGAAAUCUGUCUUUACCAAGACUCAGAAAACAAAUGCUCGAAAUGAAGCGGAGAUAGUUAUGUUCGAUGGUUACAUUGUUGUCUACAAGUUCAUUCAGGACCUUCAUUUUUUUCUUAUUGGAGGAGAUGAUGAAAAUGAGCUCAUCUUGGCGGCAGUUCUUCAGGGAUUCUUUGAUGCAGUUGGGCUUCUUCUCAGAAACAAUGUGGACAAGAAGUCAGCACUUGAGAAUCUGGAUUUGAUCCUUCUAUGCCUUGAUGAAAUUGUGGAUAGAGGGAUCAUUUUGGAAACAGAGGGAAGUGUAAUUGCGGGAAAAGUUGCCACCAGUGGUUUGGACAGUGCAGGAUCACUUACUGAGCAGACUAUAUCCCAGGCCCUUGCCACAGCACGUGAACACUUGGCAAGAUCUCUUCUCAAGUGAUGCAGUGGCAAGAUGCAAAUAUUUUAGCCUUUAUCAAUAGUCAAUGGUCAUGUAAAAUGCACCUAUUUUGUACUGUCUCGAUCAAUCAAUUGAUUCCAGUUAGUAUCAGAAGUGAUGUUAUGAGCAUGGUGGGCAUGGUGGCUGGUUAUGUAGGCGUAACAACUGUUGUUGAUAACUCCCUAAGAAAAGGUGAGCUUGCAGCAAUCAAGCGUUGGAAUAAUUAAGUGGCACUAAAUGGAAACUUUUGGGUGGACUUAUUUUCUCGUAUGAUUUUAUUUGGUCCCUUUCUUAGUUCAUAAUUAUGCAUCUUUAUAAU